AGAAGGGGCAGAUCUUCCCAACCCUCAGUCCAGGACACGUCAUCAUGCCACACCUCUUAUUUGUUAGGGAUAUUCGUUUGGCUAGACUAGUUUUGUUAACCUUAAUUUCAAGUCUUCUUUUGAAAGCUGAUUUUUAAAAAUUGGCCCUUGAUUUAUCCAUUUCUGAUAUUAGAUCAUUUUUGUUUCCUUAUUUUUCAUGACCAGACUUCUUAAUUUUUUCUUAGAAAAAGAAGAAAUGGCUCCUGCCAUGGAUCCACUAUAAGAUGUGUGUUCAUCACCAUAUGAGACACGAAGCAGAAGCAUGAUCACCUUCUCAAGUUUAUAAGAGGGGCCAGUUAGUUGUGCACUGCAAGAAGAGAGUUCCAGAUGGGGGAGGUGUCCUGUGUUUCUUCUAAUGUUGCUGAUGUGGCUUGAAGGCCAGACUUCAACUUCACAGCUGCACAGCUGCGUCCCACUGUGUCCUUCAUCCAUGGAUAUGUUCAAGCAACGUUUGGAUGAUGAUUUGGCUGAGACAUUCUAGGAGAACUUUAAGGUCAGGUGGGUAGGCUCUCCACAUGGUCUAAAAACCACCUUCCAAUCCCGAGUUUCCAUGAUUUGUUAUUUUGACAUCUUUACUUUGUUCCUCAGAAACUCAUGGGCCAGGGAAAUAAAACACAGACAGGGGUGAAUGAGUUCAUUCUGCUAGGGCUUUCCAGUGACUGGGGGACUCAGGUCUUCCUCUUUGUCUUGAUCUUGGCCAUGUACUUGGUGACUAUUGUAGGAAAUUUCCUCAUUCUUCUUCUGAUCAGGCUGGACAGCAGGCUUCAUACCCCCAUGUAUUUCUUCCUUAGUGUUUUAUCUUUGGUGGACCUUUGUUAUACAAACAGUUUUGCCCCACAAAUGUUGGCCCACCUGCUUUCAGUCCAGAAGUCCAUCCCAUUCAUGAGUUGUGUGCUCCAGCUCUACAUAUCCCUGUCAUUGGGUGGAUCUGAGUUCUUCCUGCUGGGAGCCAUGGCCUAUGACCGCUAUGUGGCCGUGUGCCACCCGCUGCACUACACAGUCAUCAUGCACAGAGGGCUGUGCCUGGGGCUGGCUGCCGGCUGCUUGGUGGCUGGUUUUGUGAAUUCGCUGAUGCAAACAAUCAUUACCUUUCGGCUUCCGCUGUGUCACAAUGUUAUUAAUCACUUUGCCUGUGAGAUCUUAGCAGUUCUACGGCUAGCCUGUGUGGACAUCUCCUUCAACAAGGUCAUGGUGGCCAUCUCAGGAUUUCUGCUGAUCAUGCUUCCCUUUUCCCUGGUUCUGUUCUCCUACGGUCGUAUAGUUGCUGCCGUUCUGCACCUUCGUUCUUCUCAGGGACGUAGCAAAGCCUUUGGGACAUGCGCCUCCCACCUUACUGUGGUUUGUAUGUGCUUUGGGGCUACCAUUUUCACCUACCUGAGGCCACGGUCAGCAUCCUCAGUGGAAGAGGAGAAGACAGUUGCUUUAGUCUAUGCUGUGGUGGCACCUAUGUUGAACCCCUUGAUUUACAGCUUGAGGAAUAAGGAAGUUAUGGCUGCUCUCCAUAAAGUUUUAGAGAAAUUCAGAGGUAAGGGAUAAAGUAAGAACUUCUUGUUAUCUAUCAUCAAAAUCAAAAAGGAGAUCAGAGAAGUGAACAUGGGACUGCCACACUCACACCAAAGACUGUUAAUGGUUAGAUCCUGGCUUUCAAAUGAAGAAUUCCUUCACAGGAUUAAUGGAUUUCCUUACACAGGCCACACUAGAUGAUUUACACGUCAGUGAUUCAUGAGAGGGACUCUUUUUAGGUCAUCUUCUCCCAGGUAACCAUAGUAUUUAGACUUCAUCUGCCCAUUUUAAAAUUUCAUUAGUGUAUCAGUGUUUAAAGGAAUGAUCCAUGGCUUCAUCAAGCGCACCUGGUUUGUGGAAUGAAUAGACAGAUGAAUUGCACCAAUCAGUUCUACUUAUACUUUGUGGAAAAGAAUGGAGAAUGUCUGAUCUUCUUUCUACAUGACAAUACUCCAGUUAUUUGUAGAAUAGCCUUAUUUCCUCUGGGAUAAUCACAAAUGGUUUUUUCCAACUCUUUCCUAAAUAAAAUCAGUUUUGGAACUUUCAGUACCCCUGUGUGCC